CUCAUGGCAACUUGUGAAAACUAUACAAUUCUGCGUAAAUUAGGGACAGGAGGCUUCGCCGAUGUCUUUUUAGCCAGGAACGACAAUGAUCAAUCUAUCUGUGCUCUGAAAGUGAUAGUCAAAAAUUCAGGCUUUAAUGAAGAAUUUGAAGCAUAUAUACAAAAGGAGAUAGAUACAAUGAAAGAUUUACAUCAUAAUUAUAUCCUGAACUUGGUCGACUCCAAUAUGAAUGCUGUUUAUAAGCGCAACACAGGAGCUGCAUACGAUGUGUGAUUCAUGGCUCUUGAACUAGCCCAUGAGGGGGAUCUCUUUGAUUAUAUUUUACAGACAAAUCCCUUCUCAGAAGAACUUGUCAGGUAUUAUCUUCAUCAAAUGGUUGAGGCCUUUGAUUAUAUGAACCAGAAAGGAAUUACUCAUCGGGAUUUGAAACCUGAAAAUCUUUUAUUUGACUCUGAGUUCAAUAUCAAAGUCUCAGACUUUGGCUGGGCAUCAAGGCAGGCAAGGAAUACUUCCAACGCAGGUACAUUGAAUUAUAUGGCUCCAGAGAUAAAAAUGCAGGAGACAUAUUCUCCCUACCCUGCUGAUAUCUUCUCGCUAGGGAUUUUGCUAUUUACAAUGGUGGCUAAGCAUCCUCCAUUCUCAAUGCCAGACACACAAGAUAAGUACUAUAAGGUUUUGGUAUCCAACAGGAGUGACUUAUUUUGGAAAUAUCAUACUAAGAGAAAGCCAUCAGGUUUGGACUACUUUUCAGAAUCGUUCAGAGACUUGAUCACUCAGAUGUUGCAGUUAGACCCAGUGACUCGACCAAGUUUGGCUGAAAUAAAGAGUCAUGAAUGGUUCAAUCUACCGAUCCCCUCUAAACAGGAAGUCAAAGAAGAAUUCAAAAAGAGAAAGCAAAUUAUACAAGAAGAAAAGAUGAGGAAGGACCAGGAGCUCCCAGAAGUAGUAGUAGGACCUGAGAUUUACCAGAACUCUAUCGUCCAUAGAGGUUCUGAAGAAACCAAGGAGGAAGAGGCAGAGCUUGUUUUCAAACACUUAGACACAAUUUAAAUGUGAUGAUCUUUAUCAUACCACAAGAGAAUGUGAAAUAUAUCAUCCAAUGUUUAGUACAUUGUCUCAGUUCUUCUCUUCUUCUCCGGUGGAGGAAUUGUUCUUGGUUCUAUUAAGCUCCGUUGCAAAAUUAUCAACUGAAUACGAAAUUUCAGCUACGUGAUACAAGGUCGACUUCAAAGUUGUGAAGGAUGACAUCCCAGUGAACAUUUGUGCAAGCGUACUCCAGACUGACCAAGAAGGCAUUUCAUGUGUCCAUUUCCAGAAGUCAAUUCAAGGGGACAUUUUCUUGUUCAAUGAGACUUAUAAGCAGAUAAAGGACUUCUUUGGAGGGCAUUCCAAUGCAGAAGAGCCUAAAGGAAAAGAGGAAAUUUAAUAGCAGGGGUAUCACAAAUUGGCAGCAAGUGUAGAGAUUGUUAUAAUGCCAAAGACUAUCACACUACCAGAUUAGAGAUUUUAUUGAUAAAACUCAACCAAAUUUGCUUUC